AUGCCUGCAGAAGUCCAACAACCUCAAUGGCAAAUCUGGUCUGUGCCAAAGCCAAUGGCACAGCUUUUUGACAAGUUUCCACUGGUGGAACACCCAGCAGCAUUGCUUCCUGCGACUCCGAAUACUCCAAAGCAUGCUGAUCAGCCUACCCUUUACAUCUACUCUACUGCAAUAGAUUCGUCCGCACAUUCGCCAAGCUUUGAUGCGGAGUGUCUAAAGUGGCAGACUGCUCUCUUACUUGCCGGAUUACCUUUCAACGCAGUCUCAUCCAACCGCCAUGCCUCUCCCACCUUUACCCUGCCAUUCUUGAACGAGCCACUCUCUGGGCCGCUGGUAUAUUCGUCAGGUAUUCUUAAGUGGAUCCAGGAAAACCCAUCUGCGAACUUGGCAGCGUACUUGGAUGAGAAGACACAAGCCGAUGCUACAGCAUUCACCUCACUGAUCGAGUCAAAGAUUCACAAUGCAUGGAUCUACACUUGUUUCCUUGAACCGAAGAACUACCAAGCAGUAGCUCUGCCGUGGUAUACUAAGGCCACGGCAUGGCCUGUGAAUCUGUGGAUCGGCAGGCAGAUCCGAGAAGAAAAGCGCGCGGAGAUCGAGGCGAAGCGGACAGUGAAUGGUGAAGAGAUCUACGCUGAUGCUGCAGCUGCAUUCGCUGCUAUCGCCGCAGCACUGGGUGACGAUGAAUGGUUCUUCGCAUCUCGGGAACCCACGCUUCUCGACGCAACACUGUUCACAUACACUCACCUUAUCUUGUCUUCACCUCUAGUACAAGAUGGAAUCCGCCAGAUUGUCCGGACGCAUGGCAACCUCGUUCAACAUGCGAAGAGAGUGUACGAUAGAUGCUACAGAAAGUAA